AUGGCUCCAUACGAAGCACUGUAUGGGCAAAGGUGUCAAACUCCAACAUGUUGGACGGAGUUGGGCGAACGAAGAGUUUUGGGGCCUGGGUUAGUAGCCAAUACUGAGGAUAAGGUAAAAUUGAUUCAGGAUCGUUUGAAGGAGGCCUCGGAUAGGCAAAAGUCGUAUGGUGACUUUAAGCGUCGAGAGAUAAAGUUUGCAAUGGGGGACUCAGUUAUCCUUAAGGUCUCUCCUUGGAAGAAGCUGGAGUUACCUCCUCAACUAAGCCAGAUCCACGACGUAUUUCAUGUUUCCAUGCUAAGGCGGUAUCGCUCGGAUCCUUCACAUGUCGUGGCGGUUGAAGAAAUUGACGUCAGGCCAGACCUAACUUUCGAGGAAGAGCCCAUACAAAUAAUUGGUCGAGAUGUCAAAGAGCUGACAAGGAAGUCCGUUCCAUUAGUCAAAGUGCUUUGGCAGAAUCACAAAACUGAGGAAGCUACUUAG